UUUCUUUCUUGUAGAUUCCAUAUUCCAAAACAUGGAAGUAGGCAAAAUCCACGUUCUUGUAUUCCCAUGGCUAGCGUUUGGUCAUAUGAUUCCAUUCGUUGAAUUGUCCAAGCACUUAGCCAAACGUGGACACCAUGUGACCUUCGUUUCCACCCCAAGAAACAUAGAAAGACUACCAAAAUUCCCUCAUGACUUGGCCCCUAACAUCAAUCUAGUGAAACUCACAUUGCCUCACGUCGACGGCUUGCCGGAGAAUGCCGAGGCAACGAUGGACAUCCCGCCGGAGAAGAUCCAGUACCUGAAGAAGGCAAUGGACGGCCUAGAACAGCCCAUGUCUGUCCUUGUGGAAGACAUUGUCCCAGAUUGGAUUAUUCAUGACUUUUGCCAUCACUGGAUUCCAGUGGUGGCCUCUAAGUUUGGUAUACCAUGUGCCUACUUCAGUGUCUUCAGUGCCACUUCACAUGUUAUUAUGGGUGGGCCACCAUCGGCAUUGUUGGCCAAAGAUGCGUGGACGGUCCCAGAUCAACUAACGUCGCCGCGACCGUGGGUCCCAUUCCCUACUGAAGUGGUCUAUCGCCACCAUGAGGCUGUGAUGCUCUCUUAUGCUGGCCAACCCAAUGUUACGGGCUUGUCGGAUCCGAACCGGAUCGGGUUAACAGUCCAACGGUGUGAUAUGUUUUCACUUAGGAGUUGCAAUGAGUUUGAGGCAGAUUGGUUAAGUCUCCUUGGGGAGCUUUACCAAAAGCCAGUUAUUGCAAUGGGCACCAUGCCUCCAUUGGUGCCAGAAAUCAGUACUGAUGUUGAAGAACAUGUAGUAAAAAUGUGGUUAGACAAACAAGCGAAUGGAUCGACGGUCUAUAUCGCUUUCGGGAGUGAAGUGAGAUUAAGUAAAGAACAAUGGCAUGAAUUAGCCCUUGGUUUGGAGAUAUCUCAAUUGCCUUUUGUUUGGGCACUUAGGUGUGCAGCUGAUGAGCCUGAAUUGUUGCCCGAGGGGUUCGAGGAGCGAACCAAGGAUCGUGGUGUGGUCCACAAAGGUUGGGUCCCACAACUUACGAUCUUGGCGCACUCAUCAGUUGGGGGGUUCUUGACACAUGGGGGAUGGGGGUCAGUUAAUGAAGGCCUUGCGUUCGGGAAGCCGUUGAUCGUCUUUCCUGUGAUGGUCGAUCAAGGGCUGAAUGCCCGCGUGGUCGGAGAGAGGGAGAUUGGGGCGGAGGUGCCGAGGAAUGAAUGGGACGGAUCGUUCGAUAGAGAUGCGGUCGCAAAGAUAAUGAGGUUGGUGAUGGUGGAUGUUGAGGGUGAAAAAUUCAGAGGCAAUGCGAUGGCAAUGAAGGAGAUUUUUGGUGACCAUACCCUCCAAGAUCACUACAUGGAUGAUUUUGUGGGGUACCUUAAAGAUCACAAACGUCAAAGUGGGCCAUUGGUACCAAGGGUCAUUGAGAGUAGCCCAUCACUGGUUUCAAAUCCUGUCACAAAUCAUCCUCUUAUGUCCCAAUUGAGUGACUCCUAGUAAUGUGAUGUGAGGUAGCAUAUCAUGGAUCGGACGCUGUUAGGUUCAUAUCUGUAAUAAGGAAGAUUGCUUGCCACUCAGAUCAUGGAUCGGACGGUGUUAGAUUAAUGUAUGUUUAAUAUAUAAGAGAUUAGAACUGCUCAUGAA